AUGGGCCCAGAUACCGAAAAGGCAGAAAGCCUCUACUUAUACAACCCAAGCCAUGUACUACCAGCUGUGUUUGCUGGAGUUGUCGGUGCAUCCUUAUUGCUGCACAUUUACCAGAACUGUCGAUACCGAUUCUGGCGUGUCACCUUCUUCAUUUGCUGGGGUGGAGCCCUCUUUACCACUGGUUGGAUUCUACGCUGUAUCUCAAGCUAUCACCCAACCAACUUGAAUGUUUAUAUUGCAUCGCAGGUCUUCAUAUAUGUUGGCCCACCCGUCUAUUCAGCCGCCGCAUACAACAUUGUCGGCCGUUUGAUGAACUACCUGCCAAUGCACGCAGUUCUCAACCCCAACCGCGUGCUUAUCUUCUUUGUCUACGUCGGUGCCGCCGUUGAAGCCGUGACAGUGGCAGGCGCAGCCAAGAACGCAUCGGCUGGCUCGGACUUAGACCAGUAUAAGUCGGGAGGGACCCUCGUUGCCGUCGGUCUGAUUCUUCAGGCCAUUGUCGAAUCUUUCGUGAUUGCAAUCGUCGCAACAGUUCACACCCGAUGCUCUCGAGCUCAAAUGCUGGCGCCAAAUGUGCAGAUGCUUUGUUUCACACUCUAUGGCACAUCGACAUUUGUUCUGCUGCGGUGUAUAUGCCGUGCUGUCGAAUCGUUCGAUAUGUUUGGUAACCUCGGCUGCCGGAAGAACUGUGGACCUAUCCUCAGUAAUGAGUGGUAUCUCUACGCUUUCGAACUGGGUCCAAUGCUUAUCUUCACCUGGUGGAUGAAUCUUUUGCAUCCUGGUCGCUAUCUACCUCGCCAGAAGCAACGCUAUCUAUCUCCUGAUGGUCGCACGGAGCGUAUGGGCCCUGGUUGGAUUGAUCGACGCUCUCGGUGGGAGACAUUUGCUGACCCCUUGGAUCUGAAGGGUGUUUUGAAGGGGAUAGUUUCUCAUGAGGAGUACUGGUUGCUGGAGAAUCGGUGGCCUGUAUGCAAGGAUGGUAGCUUUGCUACUGGGACAGCUACCAACAUGACUGUUACUGGGAAUGAUAAGGAGCUUGCUUCACUCAGUCCUCAUGCUUAA